GUCAUGAUUAUUGAAAAUGUCACUGGCUUCAAUGAAUUCUUCCUCGCCGGGCUCUCGGACAUCUCUGAGCUCCAGUGUUUCUUGUUUGUGUUCUUUCUUUGUAUCUACAUGAUAACUCUUUUAACCAAUGUAGCAAUUAUCAUUGUAACAUGGCUCAGUCCAAAUCUGCACACUCCUAUGUAUUUUUUCCUUGCCAAUUUCUCCUUCUUAGAAAUCUGCUAUGUCUCUUCCACCACCCCCAAAAUGUUGUCCAACAUCCUUGCAGAACAUAAAACCAUUUCGUAUAGCGCUUGUCUUGCCCAGAUGUAUUGCUUCCUGCUGCUGGGUGGGACAGAGUGCUACAUGCUUGCGGCUAUGGCCUAUGACCGCUAUAAUGCAAUAUGUCAUCCGCUCCUCUACAGUGUCAUUUUAACCAAGAGGACCUGUAUUCUGCUUAUCUCUGGCUCUUGGAUCAUUGGCGCCGUCAAUGCUUUGAUACACACAGCCCUGACCUUCACUUUGCCUUUCUGUUCGAAUAAGAUCAACCAUUUUUUUUGUGACAUCCCACCUCUACUCAAACUGGCCUGUACCAAUACGUGGGCCAACGAAAUGACAGUUUUUCUAAUUAGCGGGUCUGUCAUUGUUGGAUCGUUUAUAUUGACCAUGAUCUCCUAUGUGAAAAUCAUCUCUGCCAUUCUCAAUAUACAGCUGAACUCCGGUAGGAAGAAGACAUUCUCGACCUGUGCAUCUCACUUUGCGGUCGUGAUGAUAUUUUAUGGCUCUGGCAUUUUUAUGUAUUUCAGGCCAAAAUCAAGUUAUUCCAUGAAUCAGGAUCGGUUGAUUGCAGUGAUGUAUACGAUUAUUGCACCGUUGUUAAAUCCUUUCAUAUAUACUUUCAGGAACAGUGACGUGAAGGCUGCUGUCCACAAAUUAAUGGGUCAGAUUAUUAUAACACAAAAGUUGUAA